UAUUUUUCUCUCUUCUCUUGCACGACGAGAUUUGCGCUUGUUUGUUUUCAAUUUGAGCUAAAUACGAUUAAGAAGCUGGCAUAAUGUCCGGCUUGGAGUCCUACAUCAACCACACAGUGUCCAUUAUCACAGCGGACGGACGCAACUUCAUAGGCACACUCAAAGGCUUCGACCAGACCAUCAACAUCAUCAUUGACGAGUGCCAUGAACGCGUCUUCUCCACAACGGCGGGAAUCGAGCAAAUUGUGCUCGGCCUGCACAUAAUCCGUGGCGACAACAUUGCCGUGAUUGGACUGAUAGAUGAUACCAUAGACUCACGCCUGGAUUUGGCCAAUAUACGCGGCGAACCGCUUGGACCUGUCGUACAUUGAUUGUAUUCGUAGUGCUUAGUUCAAAUAAACUCAUGAAAUUUUUAAUGUAAAA